CUGUGAAGAUCCCUCCUUGAACCGCCCUUUUCUAUCACCAUCGUUUUUCCGACCUCUAAACCUUCGUUUACAUACCUUUCGCUCUCACCGUUUUCUCUGCCUCUUCGGCGUCCCUCUUUGGUCUCAAUCGCGAGACUACCACGUUCCUUACAACCCUUUCGCUCCUUUACCCCAUCCAGCCCUUCAUCUAGCCCUAGAGGCUUGCAUUGUCUGUCCUCAGCGAGGCAAGAAACAAGCAGAGUCUGUAUUCCGGUUGAUCCGUGAACGCGAAUAUCAAUCAACACAUUCGUCCACUGCAACCAGAAUCUAAAUCGUCAACAUGCGUGCCACCAUCAUCGCUGCCCUUGCAGCCGUCGCUGCUGCGGCUCCAGCCGUCACUUAUACUGAGAUCGUAGACGUCUACACCACCGUCUGGGACGACGGCUCCUCCGUUGAGACCCCAGCCCCGUCUCCUGAUUACGCUCAAAGCUGGGGCAAUUGGGAUACGCCAGCGGCUUCUCCGACUCCAGUCCAGGCCGCAACAACCUGGGCUCCGUCCCCAGCUGCAUCCUCGGCUUCCAACUCUUACUCCGGCCAGGCGACUUCUCCGGACUACAGCACCGCUGUGGUCCAGCACCACAAUGCACACCGCGCGAACCACUCUGCUCCAGAUAUUGUCUGGGACGACUCCCUCGCCGCAACCGCCCUGAAGAUUGCCAGCUCCUGCGUCUACGCGCACGACGUGUCUGUUGAUGGUGGUGGAUUCGGCCAGAACAUCGCCGCCGGCGCUCCAGCCAGCAACAUCUCCUCGGUCAUCACUGAUCUCUUCUACAACAACGAGGUCGGUAACUUCGCUGGUCUUUACGGAGAGGCAACUCCAUCCAACAUCAACGACGCGACUGCUUUCGAUGGCUGGGGACACUUUACUCAGGUCGUCUGGAAGGGAAGCACUUCGGUCGGCUGUGCAACGUAUGACUGCAGCGCUUCUGGUCUGGCCAACACUGGCAGCAGCGUCCCACCCUACUUUACUGUCUGCAACUACAAGCCAGCUGGCAACUUCCUCGGCGAGUUCGCAGAUAACGUCGGUGAACCACUCAACAUGCCCUCCAUCUCGUGGGCCAGCACCUAAGCUGAUAGCUGCAUUUGACGAUUUUUUCUCCUUGACUCUUUUUCGUUCGACGUGCCCUUUGGCAACAUUCGAUCUCCCAUUUCUUGGAGCGGUUCAGAGCAUUUGUCGGCCAUUUGACCAUCCAGUAUCAGUUCCUGAUGGGGCUGCUGCUGCUAUUGCUUCAUUUGAUAACUUCUUAACUCCUUUCUCCGUUCCGUAGCAAGGAAAGUCGUUGUUGUCAAGUGAUGCAAGUAUAUGACAAUUCCUUAUUGCGAUGGAUGCGCGGUUUGACAUAUGUAAAUAUAUUUUGAUGGUCUGGGGGCAGUAAAACAGGCAUUUUACCUAGAAAACCCUAUCUGAUCAAAUCCCCUCAGACUAACACGACCUUGGCGUGUGCGGAGCACGAUGGCCUUGCUACUUCAUGACGAAUGCGAUUGAUUGACAGUAAA